CCAUCUUGACGGAUCGAUCGAUAGUAAUAUGUGUUAGCAGAAAUCUCAUUCCGCACGGAAAAUUUGAUAUGCCGUUGCCAAGACAAUAAUGCAGCAGUCUUUAUUAAGAUCGAGUUAACCCAGGAAUAUUUGAGUCCUGAUAAACCAGAGGUGCAACCAUAUGGGUGGCAGUAUCUACUGAUGCACCUUUCUACUUGGCUGUCGACGUAAACAGAAAGACACAAGCAGAUGACAGGUAUAUGCAGCCUAAGAUAAGGUGGAAAGCUGUAAAGCGCAAAGGCGGUAUAAAGUGGAGUCCGCGGUUAAGCUGCAGAUCCGACGUGACCAGGCAAUUUCGCUGGGGUAACGCGCAGUCGGCCAGUCAUUUGAGCAGAGCUUAUUUCAGAGAAUGACGCAAGAAGGGGCCUCUGACAAGAACGAUGGUUACAUCAAGAAGAUGCUUAAAUUUGUCUCAGGAUGCGACUGGUGUGAACGCUGCUGCGACUGCUGUCUCCCACAGACCCCCAACGUCAAAGUUACCAAACAGGACAUCCAGUACGUCACCGUCAGAAGACCCAUUUCAAAAUCACUAUCCGAAGACAGUAAUGAUGAAGACAGCACGGGGAGCCUCGGCAGUCUAAGAGAACGAGUCGGGAUAGAAUUGGAAAGGGAAAGGGAAAAGGAAAGGGAGAGGGACAAAUUCCGGACGGAAUCUGUGAGUUCGAGUAAAUCUCGGCAUGAUUCGUCAAGCUCUGGGUAUGGUUCAGAGUACUCUGUGCCAAGGAGGUCCAGUGUUACGCCUGUGAUUGAGAUGAAACCUAUAGAAUUCUGGGCAGCCAGAGAAAAUGUCCAGCCCCGCUCUCCUCGAACUAAAAUGCCCAGCACUAGUGAAUUUAUGGAGAGCUUCAAUAAAGAUCUUUACGAAGUCGUUGAAAACCAGAGCGAAGAAAGUUUAACAGAUGAAGAGAAACUCACUCGGUUUCAAUUAGGACAGAUUCGCUUUAGCCUACAGUAUGAAAUACCCACAAACACCCUCAUGGUGAAACUCAUAGAAGCCAAGGAAUUGCCCCCGCCAUACUUUUUGGACGAAUCCAAAAUCGACAUGGCGCGUUCUAAUCCGUAUUGCAAAAUCUGUUUGCUGCCAGACACAAAGAACUCCCAACAGUCGUCCGUGCAAAGGAAAACCCAGAAUCCAGUGUGGGAAGAAGUAUUUUCGUUUGAAAUUCCAUACAAAGAACUCCAGAACAGGACGCUACAGAUCCUGUUAAAAGAUUUUGAUAAAUAUUCACGUCACUGUAUUGUGGGUCAAAUGCAACUGCCCCUGUGUAACACAAAUCUCGUGAAAGGCCUUCACAUGUGGAAACCCUUGGUGCCUGGGCCUAAGGAACACUUGGAACUAGGAGAAAUUCUUAUUUCUCUAACGUAUCUACCAAGUGCUGGCAGACUGAACGUGGAUAUAAUUAAAGCCAAACAACUUAUACAGACUGAUCUCGUCGGAGGUUCAGAUCCGUUCGUGAAAAUCAGCUUACUGCAUUACGACAAGCUAAUUAAAACGAAGAAAACAACUGUCAAGAAAAACACUAUAGAUCCUGUUUUCAACGAGAGUUUCAGCUUCAACGUGACACCCCAACAGCUAGAGAACACAAACCUGGUCGUUUCGGUUUGGGACUAUAACUCCAAGAGUAAGGAUGAUUUUGUAGGCAGGGUCGUCAUAGGCAAACAUGCAUCUGGCCCAGAACAGGUGAUGCAUUGGAACCGGAUGAUCCAGUCUCACCGCUCUACCGUCGCUAGUUGGCAUGCCUUGAAGACAAGGGAAGAGUGUGACCAGCUGGCGCCGGCUUCUAUCGCAGUACCAUGAACACAAGGCCCCCCAGUUCAGCGUUCUUUUAAUCGCUGUGAGAAAUAGUCCCUUGAUAUUGUUUAUUCCGCGACUGAGUUAUACUUAUGUAUUUCUCUCAUACAGACUACCACUCAUAGUUGACGGUAUCAAUAAUAUAUAUGUAUAGAGAGUAGGUCUAUGUGGCGAGUUCGAAUUGUGCGUAAAGCAGCGCGCACACAAAAAUAUUUCAUCUCUCGAGAUGUGGGUCGAUUUGUCUCAAUGUAGACGUGUGCACGGUCUAGAUCUUACAAGUAUCACAUAUACAUAAGUGCAAAAUACCAUUGAGUCACACAUUAAAGACCAUGCACUAUAACGCCAUAUCAUAUGUUUCAUUAUGUUUCAAAUGCAAGCUUGCAUAGCAUAAAAACAUCGAGUUUACAAUAGACAUCGUCUACCAGAUUGAUGGACCCCCUCUCACAGGCCUAAGAAGCAACCUAAGAUAUGAGGUACCUACUCGAGGCAUUGAUUCGUUGGUCAGCCUUGCCUUGGACAUAAUAACGUUAUUAUGUCCAAGGCCUUGCCAAAUAUAAGUGUUACCUGUAGUGCUGUGCCACUAAUAUCUGUUAUACAAGGCGACUAGCAGUUUUCCUGAAACUAAUUAGUGCGAACGGAUUAUCCAGAUUAGCCCACAUGCAACAACAGUGAAGUGCGUGUGAAUGUAACCUUAAAUACGUGUAUAAUUGCCAAGCGCAUGAAAAACGAAGAAAAAGUAAGGGAGUUCUCUCGAAUAAUCGUAACUUAUUAACCUCUGAAACUUUCUGUAUAUCAGAUUUUUCUUUGCAAGUUAGAGAGAACUGCCCAAUUGUACAAAUAAUUUUCCACUGCAUUCAGGAAAAUGGCACAUCACCGCCACAAAACAUAUAAUUAAUUUGACGAAUUAAUCUGGAGUAAAUAUCCUAUGUACACGAGAACCAUCUUGCCAACAAGUAAAAAUGCAUACUGUUAAGUGGAUGCUACAUGUAUUUCCCUAGGGUUGUGAAGGUGUUCUUGAUAGGAUAACAGAUUUCAUUUAGUUUAUGGCACGAAGGCGUAUGAUUAAGUUUUCAACGAUCACAUAUGUAGCAGUGCUGCAUCUCUGUCACUUAUGUUAAAAGCUAUAUGUGAAUAUGACGAAGGGGGAUAUUGUCAGAAAUGUUAUAGAGCCACAUUCAAGCUCAAUCACACACACACUCAAACGGGCAAUGGCACACACUACAUCAUCAAAGAAUUGUCAAGUCAGUCCGUUUGGUUUUCAAAGCUGUUGAAGUACACACAAAUAAGUAGUCCAAUGAUAAACAGCAAGUUUACAUUAGCUUUACAAGUAAUGGUUUAAAUGAUGGAAGUUCAUUGUAGCCAAGACAACUUGGCCGACGAUUCCUCAUCGACCGUAGAACUUUCCGACUUCAUCUGCAAUUGAAUUGUUCGGAUUGAAUUGUGCAUUGAGUGUAUUACUAUUAGGUAUAAGCAAAUGAGUAUUAUAUAUAAUGAUUAUAUAACCAUCACGGUUUAUAGUAGUAGUAGUAUUCUAUUCAACAUGUAAUUACUACUGCUAAUAUCAACAGUAGUAGUAGUAGUAGUAGUAGUAAAAAUAUUCCAUACAAUAUAUUACGUGCUUAAUACUGUGAUUAGACAUAAAAGUAAAUAUGUACAGUGAAACGGACUGUUUACUGAUCUGCAAAAUCAAAUAAGGAGUGUGAGAUAUUUGCAUGAGUACAUUAUAAAUACUGAUAUCAAUUAUUCCUCUGUAUGUAUGAUAUUGUGUGAACAUUGUUAAACGUCACAUGAG